AUGGAGGACGACUUUCCGUUUUGUAAGGGAGGCUGGCAAGAGAUGCUCAACACCAUCUACGCGGCCAACGAAAAAGUUCAGGACCACUGUGGGGUCUUUGUCGGCACGGGCGGUAGCGGAAUGAUCUUCAAGCGGUCUGUUGCUUUGACGGCGUCGUUCAUCCUCGAGGGCGAUAUGCAGGCGCAAGCGAAGGGACUUGUUGCGCCCCCUCCAGAUAUCACCCUUCAGAAAUGCUUGAUGGGCGAGCAUGAGUAUUGCUCGAGCUGUUCCGGAACCAUGGUGACGAGCAAAACCUUGCUCCAGAAGCACCUGGGCUACAAUUCCUCGACCAGCGGCGAUGGCUACGACAAGAACCAAUUCCAGUGUGGGUGGAGGCAGCCCUUUAACGGCCUGCCUGAUGUACAUACCUUCUAA